AAGGGCUCGCGUUUUCCCACGCUGCGAUGACCUCAUUUGAUGUGAUUAUCAAUCCACAAUACAAGGUACUCGGGAUGUAAAGACCAACCAAUAAUGGGCGAAAAUGGUACCUUUAUUCUUGUUCUUUUCUCAAAAUGAGCUUGACCAUCAGAUUCUUCUCGGCGUAUCGGCAUCGGACAUAACCAUAGGACUACUCCGUAGGGACCCAGUGCGAAGGGUGGUGGGGAACUCUUCCAUCUCUUACAUACUAGUUUGCUUAGUGGCCAUGGCUCUCUUCUGUCGGGUUCCCAUGAUAUCUCCAGAAGCCUACUUGCUUUAUCAGCUUUUUCCCUGUAGGCCCACUUUGGGAACAAGAUGGUUCCCUUAAAUAUCUGGACACGCCCUCCGUGGGAAUUCAGGGGCCUAGAUAUCAGAUGCAGCGUACUCUAUCCCCGAAGAGCCUAUAGUCCACUGAUUAAGCUCCUCUCCUAGAUCUUGU